UUGUCGACUCUAGUCUUGCAAGAUAAUGCGAGGUGCCAUCCUGUGCCAAGCACGACUGCGAUGCCCCUGAACAACAGCUCUUGUAAAACAACACAAGUGUCUGGUGACGGUUUAUUGUACAUUCCGAGGAAUCGCGAAUGUGACAUACGCUACUACUGUUGCAAAGGAAAAGCAGAUGUAAAGCAGAUCUGCGCUGCACCUACCGUCAAUGUUGAGGCAGGAAGCUUGGGCCGGGACCUCUCAACUUCCCGGACUCGUUGA